UUCAUAUAACCUUUUUUGUUUUGUUUUCUUCUAGGGGUAGCAGAUGGAGUAGGUGGCUGGAGAGACUAUGGGGUUGACCCUUCUCAGUUCUCAGGGACUCUGAUGCGAACAUGUGAACGUUUAGUAAAAGAAGGACGGUUUGUACCAAGUAAUCCUGUUGGGAUUCUCACCGCAGGUUAUUGUGAGCUGCUGCAGAACAAAGUACCCUUGCUUGGAAGCAGUACAGCUUGUAUAGUAGUUCUAGACAGAACAAGUCAUCGUUUACAUACAGCCAACUUGGGAGAUUCUGGAUUUUUGGUAGUCAGAGGAGGAGAAGUAGUACAUCGAUCUGAUGAACAGCAACAUUACUUCAACACUCCGUUCCAGCUGUCCAUAGCUCCACCAGAAGCAGAAGGAGUUGUCCUAAGUGACAGCCCUGAUGCUGCUGAUAGUACUUCUUUUGAUGUCCAACUCGGAGACAUCAUUUUGACUGCAACAGAUGGACUCUUUGACAACAUGCCUGACUACAUGAUUCUUCAGGAGUUAAAAAAGCUAAAGAACUCAAACUAUGAGAGUAUACAGCAGACUGCAAGAAGCAUCGCUGAGCAAGCUCAUGAGCUGGCAUAUGAUCCCACUUACAUGUCACCAUUUGCACAGUUUGCAUGUGACAAUGGAUUGAAUGUGAGAGGGGGAAAACCAGAUGACAUCACCGUCCUUCUUUCUAUUGUAGCUGAAUAUACAGACUGAUUUGCCCAGAGUGUCAGCUUCUGAUGUUUUCACUAUCCCUGAGCUCCUAACUUCACAUGUACAGUUUCCUGCUGGCAGGAUUGCUUUCUUUCUUUGCAGCUGAUCUCAGCAGCCAGAUUUCAAGCUCGUUGCCUGUCUUGAGACACAACUGAAGUCCUUGUUAAGAACCACUCGUGUAGUACACUGGUCUUUGUCUGCCAGCAAGAAAUGAAGAAACUCAAGGCUUGAAGCAUGUCUUUCAGAGCUUAAUAAUUGUCCAUAAAAGGGGGAAGAUCAAUCCCACGUCGUUACUGCAUUUGAAAUGUGACUUACUUUCAAAUGGGUAGAAUUGUUUGAAUAAUGAUAAACCUAGAUUUAAUAGAAAAAAACCUCUGCAAGAGGGCGUGUUACUAUAUCUCCUAGAAACGUUCACUAUUCAUUAAAGGGUAUGUUACAGAACACAGUUUCAUAAGCAUAGUCUUGUUACAGUGAUAGCUGAGGUUUUGUGUUUCUAAGCUCCAGUUUUCAGGAGACUUUAUAACUGCUGUAAACCUUUUGCUUUUGCCAUACAUGGUGUCAGCCUAGGAGCCUUUUCUAGUACAAAAUUUCAAAAACAUACUUAUUUCAAGUUAUAUGGAUGCAAAUGUGUUUUGUGAUUUCAGGUGCUUAACUGUGAUCUUAAAAAGUUCUGCAGAUCAUUCGUCCAUAAAGGGCCUGGUAUCUGGAUGUUUUGGCUGUGGGCAAACUUUUUUUUUUUUAACAAAAGUAAUAAGUCAGUCUCAAAAAGCCAAGAUGGCCAAAGUUGAGGUCCCUGCAGCAUUUUAACCAUCUCACCAGCAUGUGAUCAUAUGGCUUAAGUGUACAGUGAGAGGUUGCAUGAAGUACAGGUCAUCCUCAGCUCUGAACGUCUUUGCUUUUGGUAGAUGAUUCUGUUACCUUAACAUAAUUUGUGUUGAUAUUGCCAUUCUUGUUUAUAUAGAACAGAAUAUGUUGAACCAAUUUAAGUCAAGUUGAACCUUGUCUUUCUGACUCUCAAACAUGCACCUCUGCUUAUGCUGUGGCAGCAGCAGUAAGUACAGAAAUGGAAACUUAAAUGAAUAAUUAGCAAAACUUACAUUUCAGUAACUAAAGUUUAGGAUUUUCAGAAUGAACCUUAAUAAUGUUUACAGUUAUCUUAAUAGCCACUUUGCAAUAUUACAUUUCCUUCUGAAUUACAGUAGCUCACAAUUGUUCCCCCCAUUCCAUCAAGCUCUCCUUUGUUUCCUGAGGUUCAUACAAAAAGCUGAUAGCUGUAAAGAUAUAUAUAUUUUUGGUCAGUUUUUCAUUAACUUUUUUGCUGGUAGAAAAGUGUGUAGAAAUAAAUUAAAGCCAUGUUUUUAUAUAUAAAAAGUCGGGUAAUGUUGAUGUUUAGGUGAGUGCAGUUAAACUUGGUCAGUAAGUAAUCUUACCUGAUCUCAAAAGGAGAUUUUUACUACCUAGUUUAUGGUAUUAAAACUGUUUAAGUUUGAGGUUACCUCAACUUGUUUAAAGAAUUUUUUGUGGACUUGUACUGUAUAUUUGCGUAACUAUGUCAAGCUUUUAUUUAAGAUCAUUUAACAUGUACCAUGUACAUGUCAUUUUACUAUAUUUCAAUGCAUCAUGCUUGUAACAGGCAUUUCAUUUAUAAUAAGUGAUUAAUUUGGAAGCUCUUUGGUAAUUUAUCUGCUAUUCCUAAAUUGGCAUAAUGUUAGCUAUCUAUUUUAAAUCACCUUGUAAUUACUUGUCAAAAUGCCUUAACUACCCUAACUUGACCAAAAUAUUAUUUUGGUGAGGGUACAGGGAGGAUUAUAUUAAUGAAGAAAAACUGAUUAGUUUUGCGAUACACGGAACUGAGUGGUGGAUAACUUUGCACAAAUUGUCAGUUCUUGUUAUUUUUUAAAAUUGAACAAGCUGUAUCUAGCUGUCUUGUUAGAAGGAAUGUAUUCAUGCUGCAGUAUAGGGCUUUGUUUCUAGUAUUUGGGAGGGCUGUUUCCCUCUCAAAUCUGGGUAUCUUUACAUUUUAUUCUUCAGUAUUUACUAUCAUGCUUCUUUAUUAGAGCAGAUUUGAUCAAUUAUUGUUUCCCUUGAACUCACCUUACUAUAAUGCCCCGGUAGACCUGGACUCUUUUGCACUCUGACCCCUUACACUGAGUACGUUCAUGUCCAGUCCUCAUUAUUUUUUUUCCCCUUGCUAGAACUUUAAAUUAGGAGAUGUAUGCGGAUCAGAUAAAUCAGUAUGGCAAAGGUGCUUACCCCGAGUGAGACGUUGCAUGCGCUGUACUCUGCCUCUGUUGAUCCGGGGUCUGGAACCCUAGAUCGUAGAGAUUCAGCCACCUUCUCAGAAGCUAAACUGUGCUGCCUGGUGGGUUUGAGUCUAAGCCUUGCUAUCUGUGUUAAAGCAGUUUUUAGUUGAGUAGUAUAUAUGAAGCCAUUUGUGUCAUAUCACAUCUUUUUUUUUUUUAAUAA